AUGAGCACACCCCAGACAAAUCGCGAGAUGGUCUUCUGCCAUCAAUGCGAAAACGAGUGGUAUCGGGACGAGCAUGGCCUGACAUGCCCUGACUGUCACUCCGAGUUCACCGAAAUCAUCGAACCCGAUCACGACCCUCGCGACGACCAUCUGGACCCGGAAGACGAAUUCGAGGAGGAGGCGAAUCCGUUUGCCCUUCACAAUCCUUGGAACGCACCGGAUCCUGAAGAAGGCGUGCCCGAACCGAUUCAGGGAGCCUUCCCGCCAGGAAUUCGCCUACAGCGCAACGGUCCCAACAGUUAUUCUAUUACCGGCACCUGGUCAACGUCUUUCGGAGGUGCUCGUUCACCACUUGAGAACCAAGGCGAGUUCGGCGAGCCCAAUGCUUUCGUAAACCCGCUAUUCCGUAAUUUUGCCAGUAUGAUGCAAGGAAUUGCCGGGGGUCAACCACGGGCAAACCAUGGCGAGCAAGAGCACGGUGAGAGUGAGGGACAGCCUGGUUCGUCGGCGAGAGAAGAGACUAGGUCAGGCAGUGGCCCGCAUUAUACAUACACGUCAACUGCAAGACUGUUCCCGCGGGACGCGAACAACCCCGGCCCGCACGUCGAACCUACCGAUAGCCUGCAUGAGGUAAUUGCCGGCAUUCUAGGCGGCGGUGCGUUUGGCCCGCCUCCUUUUGCGCAAAACCGUCAACACGGUCCUGGAUCCCCCGGUGGCGAGGGUGGUGUGCCCCCGAAUCCGCUUGCCACCUUAUUUGCAUCCCUCCUCAAUCCGCAACUUGCCGCACAUGGAGAUGCCGUGUACAGUCAAGAGGCGCUCGAUCGCGUCAUCUCUCAACUGAUGGAACAAAAUGCUACUGGCAACGCUCCGGGACCGGCCUCCGCAGCGGCAAUCGCAGCCCUGCCGAAGAAGCGUGUCACUCGCGAAAUGGUCGGCGCCGGUGACUCUCCACCCGAUUUCCCAGAGAGUGAGCUUCAUGGCGAGUGUAGCAUAUGCAUGGACGAGGUUCCGAUCGGUGCAGAAGUAACAGAGCUUCCAUGCGGUCAUUGGUUCCACGGUCAGUGCAUCGAGGCAUGGCUGGGCGAACACGAUACCUGCCCCCACUGUAGGAAAGGUAUCGAGAAGAAGGAAAAUCAGGACGGACAACAAGGAGGAAACGGACCCAGUGGCGGGGCUGCAGGCUCAUCUGGAUCUGGAUCUGCAUUUGGACCCGGAAGCGGCAGCCUUGGCAACAACUCGGGAAACGAUAAUAACAACGGCGGCGGAUCUACGAACAACCCCGAUGAUCAUUUCGUCCCUAACAUGCCUGGAGGGCUGUACAGCACAUCUUUCUAUUCGAUGGGCGCACCACGCUCUCAAACGCGUUCACCCUUCGAGUUUCCUCUUUUCGGCAUCCCACAUGCUGUGACUUUCCCCCAACCGCCCUUCGCCGCCAGCCAGGAUUCAUCGGGACAGCCGCCAAUGCGGGACCACCGCUACAGCCACCGGAAUAGCGAGCCCUUUAUGCGGAUUUGGCAAGGUGCCUUGAACGACCACGACCGGAUGAUGCACAAUGGCGGCGAAAGCACACACGUGAUCAUCGUACGCCCCCAGCGCCGGAGACACAGCUUCAGCCGGGUGUUCAGCAACGUCGGACAUAGCAUGACUAUGGCAGCAGGCAGUGGCGGUGGAGAGAGGCCAGGCAUCGGUGAGCGACUAAGGAGCUUAUUCCGCUCCUAA